GGUUUAUUAGCUGCUUCCAGCGCUUUUGCUGUAGUGUCUUUAGCUAUUCAAAUUAGAGGGGGCAUCCAAAAACUCUGCGAUUUUUGGACCUCGAUUCAAGAUAGACCAAAAGAUAUUAAUUCCAUUAUCCAAGACUUACAGGUCGUAUUAGAUAUCGUAUGUAAUAUUCGCCUGGAAGCUAGCAAUGAGAGGCCUCAUUCCAGUGCGCUAAGUGCAAGUAUCGCGGCUCUAAAUGGGUGCUCGAGCAGUAUAGAAGCCCUCCAGAGUAUUAUUAAUCAGUUGUAACUAGGCAUCUCUUCCCCGAAGCCGAUGCUUAGAAAAUGGGCGACAUUUAGAGCUGUGUGGAAGGGCGAUAGGCUUCGAAAAUUUCAGGAAACUUUGCGUGAUACAAAGAUUAUACUAAUCUUAGCCAGGCAAAAUUUGAUUAGGUAUGGGAUCUUGAAUAUCUAUCUUUUAUGUGACUUAACCGUUCUAAUAUUUGCAGUCAUUUGGUUAUGGCCCGAGACGAAGAAUAA